AUGUCAAAGAGGCCAGAACAUCAAGCUCCGCCUGAACUUUUUUAUAAUGAAGAUGAGGCGAGAAAAUAUACACAAAACUCCCGUAUCAUUGAAAUCCAGGGACAAAUGACUGAACGAUGCAUUGAAUUAUUGGUUUUGCCUGAGGAUACACCAUGCCUGCUCUUAGAUAUCGGAUGUGGUUCAGGCCUAUCAGGAACAGUUCUAGAAGAAAAUGGUCAUUUAUGGAUUGGACUAGAUAUAUCUUCUGCUAUGCUGGAUGUAGCUCUGGAACGUGAAACUGAAGGUGAUUUAAUACUAGCAGAUAUGGGGGAUGGAGUUCCUUUUAAACCAGGAUGUUUUGAUGGAGCUGUGUCUGUGUCAGCAUUACAGUGGCUCUUUAAUGCAGAUAAGAAAUCACAUCAUCCUGUCAAGAGACUCUAUAAAUUCUUUAGCUCCUUAUAUGCCUCCUUGUCAAGGUCAGCACGAGCAGUUUUUCAAUUUUACCCUGAAAAUGAAAACCAGUUAGAACUUCUAACCUCCCAAGCAAUGAAAGCCGGUUUUUAUGGAGGUGUAGUUAUAGAUUAUCCUAAUUCAGCUAAAGCAAAGAAAUUCUUUUUAGUUCUUAUGACAGGAGGAUCUGCACCAUUACCUAAGGCUCUAGGUGUUGAUGAAGAAGACAGUCUUCAAGUAAAGUAUUCAAGACGUGAAGCUUCAAAAGGUGCUAGAGGAAAACCUCUUAAAAAUACCAGAGCUUGGCUCCUUGAAAAAAAAGAAAGGCGACGGAAACAAGGAAAGGAAACAAAACCUGAUACAAAGUACACAGGAAGAAAAAGAAGUGGACGCUUCUAA